AUGCCCUGGCCGCUUGCAUGGCUCACGACAGAUGAAGCAAGUUCGAUCGGGUCAAGAAAGGUGAAAGAUGACCCUGGGCCUAGACCCAAGAUCCCGAUUGUGUACCACCACGGCGAGUGGAGCAAGGGCAGUGACCAUCUCGCGCGGCUUGGCUUGAUCGAUGCGGCCGCUACGUCAAGGCUCGAAGAGGUUUUCUCCGAUGUUUGGGCAGGAACCGAGCCUGCACUCUCUGACACCCUGGUUCGAGAUACUGCGAAGGCAUGUCUGGCAGAUUUUAAGCGACUGCGGGAUACCAUCACGCGCAUGCGAUUGUACCGGCCCUGCGAGGAGUCGAGGACAGGCGCUCCCCUUCGCUGGAUGGAUGGCCGUAAAGGCAAAUCCAACCAAAGGGUACCAGAGCCGCGGCACGUCCGCACGUUAUGCAUAAAAGGAGAGGUUUUCUUCGGAGCGAAGCACGCCAGCAAAAAUGUGUCGACGCUUGUGAUCAAGCUACUUCGGGAUACCUGCAAGGAUGGCAGACCUGUUCACGAAGGCAGAGAGGCCUGUCGUAGCCACCCAAUCAUCAAUCGAGCAGUAUAA